ACACAGUGUUCAGUGUGUCUGUCAGUCUGUCUGUGCUCAGUCAGUAGGUCAGCAGCUCCUCUGCAUCUCCUCCACUCUUUACUUCACUCACUAUCAUCCAUCAUGAGGGAAAUCGUGCACAUCCAGGCCGGCCAGUGCGGGAACCAGAUUGGUGCAAAGUUCUGGGAGGUGAUCAGCGAUGAGCACGGCAUUGACCCAACAGGAACCUACCAUGGAGACAGCGACCUGCAGCUGGACAGGAUCAGUGUGUAUUACAACGAAGCCACUGGUGGGAAGUAUGUGCCCAGAGCCAUCCUAGUAGACCUGGAACCGGGCACCAUGGACUCUGUCCGCUCUGGACCCUUUGGACAAAUCUUCAGACCCGACAACUUUGUCUUUGGUCAAAGUGGAGCAGGAAACAACUGGGCCAAAGGUCACUACACUGAGGGGGCCGAGCUGGUGGACUCGGUCCUGGAUGUGGUGAGGAAAGAGGCUGAGAGCUGCGAGUGUCUGCAGGGCUUCCAGCUCACACACUCCCUGGGAGGAGGCACCGGCUCCGGCAUGGGCACCCUGCUCAUCAGCAAGAUCAGGGAGGAGUACCCUGACCGCAUCAUGAACACCUUCAGCGUGGUGCCCUCUCCGAAGGUAUCGGACACAGUGGUUGAGCCGUACAAUGCCACACUGUCAGUGCACCAGCUUGUUGAAAACACAGAUGAGACCUACUGCAUUGACAACGAAGCUCUUUAUGACAUUUGCUUCCGCACUCUCAAACUCACAACACCCACCUACGGCGAUCUGAACCACCUGGUUUCAGCCACCAUGAGCGGCGUGACCACUUGCCUGCGUUUCCCCGGCCAGCUUAACGCCGAUCUGAGGAAGCUGGCGGUCAACAUGGUUCCCUUCCCUCGUCUCCACUUCUUCAUGCCCGGCUUUGCUCCUCUGACCAGCAGGGGGAGUCAGCAGUACCGUGCCCUGACGGUGCCCGAGCUCACCCAGCAGGUGUUUGACGCCAAAAACAUGAUGGCAGCUUGCGACCCACGCCACGGACGCUACCUGACGGUGGCAGCCGUGUUCCGUGGGCGCAUGUCCAUGAAGGAGGUGGAUGAGCAGAUGCUGAAUGUCCAAAACAAGAACAGCAGCUACUUUGUGGAGUGGAUCCCCAACAACGUGAAGACGGCCGUCUGCGACAUCCCGCCACGUGGCCUCAAAAUGGCCGUCACCUUCAUUGGCAACAGCACCGCCAUCCAGGAGCUGUUCAAACGCAUCUCUGAGCAGUUCACCGCCAUGUUCCGCCGCAAGGCCUUCCUCCACUGGUACACCGGAGAGGGCAUGGAUGAGAUGGAGUUCACCGAGGCCGAGAGCAACAUGAAUGACCUGGUGUCCGAGUACCAGCAGUACCAGGACGCCACGGCCGAGGAGGAGGGAGAGUUUGAGGAGGAAGUGGAAGAGGAUGCCUAAAAAAAGUAACAAAAAAAUGAAACAACGCGCUGAAGAAAAAGAAGAAAUCAAUAACCAAAAUAAAAAAAUUAAAAAAAAGUGAAAAAAAAAAAGAUAUGAAGGAAUGUAGCAGAACAGUUAGAGAGGGCAGGUUAGAGAAGGAUGCGGGUCUGAAAUGGUUAGAGAGAUAGAAACGAGAAGGAAGGUUGAAUGUAGUCAGAGAAGAGAAAGAGAAGCGGGAUGAGAAACAGCAUAAAAAUUACGUGACCAAAUCCAUGUGCCAUGGUUUACAGUGUAUUGUGACACCAUGCAGGCUGAUGUCACCAGGACCGGCCUCCCAGAAUCACUUUUUAACACGGAGAUCUUGUAGCAGACACACGAAUCAAAAGCACUUCUUCCACUUCACUUUCAUCAUGUAGGAACGAAAAAUACUGAAUUAAAGUAACGGUGCCGGCUUCGUACCUGCAGAAAAUGUGCUAAACAGUUAGACUUACAUUCACUCACAUGCCACACAAACAAGCUUGUGAUUUAUUUGCCAAAUAUUGAUGAAACCAGUUUUCCAUUCGUUGGAAAAAUCUCGGUGCUUCUUCACUGAUCUGCAGUGAAAAGUCCAACUUUGGAUGUUUUUAUUCCAAAAGCGUUAAAGUGUUUAAACAAGAGCGAAGACAAAGAAUGUCAAGAGAAACCCUAUAACUGUGACUUCAGUUGAAAUCAUGCCAUUAUCAGUGUUCAUUACUUUUAUCAGUGUUCAUUACUUGACAGCUUUCGAGACCCACUCUAAGAGAUAAAUGUGAACUUAGGUUGUAGACGGGACAAUACUGUCUCUCUCCAUUCCUGUUUUUCUUCAUGUUGUAGUGACAUUAACGAUUAUCAAUCGGUUGAAACGUGACACAGCAAAUCAUCAUGAUCAGGUCGCUGUUUUCUCACUUGUAUUGUAACUUUUACUUUAAUUCAUAAAGCACAAAGCGUAGACAGAUGUAAUAAAGACAGACGUGUUUUAAGAAGCCUUUUUUUUUUUAAGUGCAGAGCUUGCAGCUGAUUCAACAUAUAAUAUGCAAGUCAGUAAAGUUGUCAGUCAGAACAGACCAAAACUUUCAUUGAAUUCCUGGCAAAUGUCAUUUUUAAAAGUUUUAAUACGACAGCAGUAUUAGCAGGAUUUUUCUCAGGCGCCAGCCAACGUCGUGAGGACAGUCACACUCUGUAGAUGCCCCCGAAGCGUAUCAGCUUCAGUCUGAUCUCCUUAUUAUUUGGGUAUGUUAGACCCCAAAAAGGCCGGGGCUCCUCUUUUCUGUUGUUGUAUUAGAACCAUGUAUCUGCCAUGUGUUGUACAAGUUACCAACAAGAAAGAACCAUGUAUCUGCCAUGUGUUGUACAAGUUACCAACAAGAAAGUAUCUUUUUUUAAAGUAUUAAGGCUUCUUGAAACACAUUUCUCUGUGUUUUUAAUGUUCGAAAACUAAAAACAUGGAUUUACACUUUUAUAUUUCAUCUUAUAAAAUGUUUUGUCCUGUGAAGAUGUGCACGAUUUAACAUUCUGCUAAAUGUUUACACUCUGAGCCACUACAGUAUUCAUUCAAAUGGGACAAAAAGUCAUCAGUGUUCAGUAUGCGUGCUGUCUCUGUGUCUGUGUUGUUUGUUAGUAUCUUUUUAAUUCCCGUGGAACAGUGUGACUUAGGAUCAGUGCCUGUGAAACAUCUGUGAGAAAUAAAAAGGCGUUUGUAGGAAAAAAAA